AUGCCCUUAUUGCCUAAGAAACUCGCCGCUCCCUUGUACAAGAAAGCCAAAACUCCCUUGCACAAGAAACUCACCGCUCCUUUGUACAAGAAUCCCAACAUUCCUUUGUACAAGAAUCCUAACAUUCCCAUGUACAAGAAGCCCAUCUCCCCUUGUACAAGAAUCCUAACAUUCCCUUGUACAAGAAGCCCAUCUCCCCUUGCCAAUCACCACCAGUUGUUCCAGUCCCCUUUCAUUCCUGUGAUUGUCCCUGUAUCCUCUGAUUCCCCUGUGGUUGUUCCAGUGCCCUCUCUUUCCCCUGUGGUUGUUCCAGUGCCCUCUCUUUCCCCUAUGGUUGUUCCAGUGCCCUCUCUUUCCCCUGUGGUUGUUCCAGUCCCCUUUCAAUCCCCUGUGAUUGUCCCUGUAUCCUCUGAUUCCCCUGUGGUUGUUUCUGUACCCUCUCAUAUCCCUGCGGUUUCUGUACCCUCCCAUUCCCCUGUGGUUGUUCCAGUGCCCUUUCAUUCCAUUGUGGUUAUUCCAGUGCCCUCUCAAUCCUCUUCUGUACCUUCUCAUAUCCCUGUGGAUGUUUCUGUACCCUCUCAUGCCCCUGUGGUUUCUGUACCCUCUCAUGUUCUUGUACCCUACUCCUGUACCCUACUCCUGUACCCUACUCCUGUACCCUACUCCUGUACCCUACUCCUGUACCCUACUCCUGUACCCUACUCCUGUACCCUACUCCUGUACCCUACUCCUGUACCCUACUCCUGUACCCUACUCCUGUACCCUACUCCUGUACCCUACUCCUGUACCCUACUCCUGUACCCUACUCCUGUACCCUACUCCUGUACCCUACUCCUGUACCCUACUCCUGUACCCUACUCCUGUACUCUACUCCUGUACCCUACUCCUGUACCCUACUCCUGUACCCUACUCCUGUACCCUACUCCUGUACCCUACUUCUCGCGUCUGAACACCGUAUCAACCAGCGGAAAUACGACGUCUGUACCCAACUCCCUCCGCGUUCAGUCGUUACCCGUCGUUACCCAUUGUUACCAGGAACCCAAUCUCGGGCGCCUCUCCGAUUCCUGUCGGCGCUAA